AUGCAAAGUGGUAAAGUAUUGGAUGCUGAGAGGGUGUUAAGGGAGAUGAUCUGCCAGCGAAUAGUUCCUGAUAACGUAGUUUACACAACUCUCAUUCAUGGCUUUUAUAAAGUUGGGAAUUAUGAGGCUGCAUACAUGCUGUUUGAUGAAAUGCGGAGUCAGGAAAUAAGUCCUGAUUUUAUAACAUUUACCACUCUUGUUUGUGGACUUUGUCAAUCUAGAAACAUUUCAGAAGUAGAUAAGCUCUUCCAGGAAAUGUUUAACAGAGGGUUGGAACCAGAUGAAGUUACAUAUACCGCACUGAUUGAUGGUUAUUGCAAAGCAGGUGAGAUAAAAGUGGCUUUUUCUCUUCACAACGAGAUGGUUUAG